AAUUAGUACAGGACGCCAGACAUCCCGGCGAAUCUACGAUUUUAACUGAAACAAACAAGCGGACAAAGAAUACCAUAAUUCAAACUGGAUUUUAGCUAUUACAAAAUGGGUAAGUGACCCGUUUACCUUUUGCCACGUGGGUAUGACCUGUCCUGAAAAUCGUCUGCCCCAGCUACACAGAUAGAAGAUGCUAAGGAAUCAUGGUUUGGUUUCGCCUGUGUCGCCCGCAUCUCCUGUUCCAUCUUUCUCCGUUCUGUUGACUUAAAACCCAUAAAUCCAAGUACUUCAAUCCCAAUUCCCAACCCAUUAACCAGUGUUCCCUUUUCCCUUUUGCCUUUUGGUGCCCCACUAUUUUAAGAGUCUUAACCGCCACUUCGGUGCUCGACUUGAAGCUUCAAAACUCGCUGCUGCAUCUGGCUUUAGAUUUAGAGUAAAAGGAAAUAACUUCCGCUCGAGGUUUCUAAUCAGCUUUAGGCGCCUGUAAUUACAUGCUACUGUCUUUACUCUUCCUUUGGUUGAAUCUUUGAAGUGGUUAUACUCAAUUGGGUAGAAUAUGUUUUGUCUUCAAAUGAAGUUCUGUUGGAUAAUAUUUUAAUCAUCCUGUCUGAGACUAAGAAAUUAAGUGAAAAAAUGGCUAUGGCUUCUGCUGUGAAAGUAGUUCUUGGUUCGAUUGCUUUUGCUGUCUUCUGGAUACUGGCUGUUUUCCCUGCUAUCCCAUUUUUACCUGUUGGAAGGACUGCAGGGUCUCUCUUGGGGGCUAUGCUUAUGGUCAUCUUCCAAGUCAUAACCCCAGAUCAAGCAUAUGCUGCGAUUGAUCUUCCAAUCCUUGGUCUUUUAUUUGGAACGAUGGUUGUCAGUGUUUAUCUUGAGAGAGCAGAUAUUUUCAAAUACUUGGGUAAGUUGCUUUCAUGGAAAAGCAAGGGUGCCAAGGACUUGCUUUGUCGAAUUUGCCUCAUCUCUGCUAUUUCAAGUGCUCUUUUUACUAAUGACACCUCUUGCGUGGUUUUGACUGAAUUUGUGCUGAAAAUCGCAAGGCAACAUAAUCUGCCUCCUCAGCCCUUCCUACUUGCCCUUGCCUCAAGUGCAAAUAUUGGAUCUUCAGCCACUCCGAUUGGCAACCCUCAAAACCUGGUUAUAGCAGUUCAGAGUAAGAUUUCUUUUGGGAAAUUUCUUUUAGGAAUUCUCCCUGCAAUGGUUGUGGGAAUCAUUGCGAAUAUUACGAUUCUUAUGUGUAUGUACUGGAAGUUGUUAUCUGCUAUUCAGAAGGAUGAAGAAGAAGCAACAACAGAAGUUGUUGCAGAUGAAGAUGUCAAUUCCCAUCGGUUUUCUCCUGCUACUAUGUCACAUUUUACAUCCUUAAAUUCCCAGGAGUGGAAUUCUAGGUUGGAGUCCUUGGACAUGCAAAGCGCCCCCAACAUAAAUGGGCACGUGAACCAUACUGAAACUCUUAGGAACCGAAUAGGUUCAACUGAGAAUGAAAUCCGCAGUGCAUCAACCAGUGCGUAUGAGUCUGCAAGGAAUUCAAAUGCAUCCAAAGAGGUGACGAUUGAUGGGGCUUCUCAGAGAAAGGAGGAUACUGUUUCUUCAAAGAGGAUUGCAUCAUUGGAUAGGUUGGGAGAUGUAUUGGAUGACCAAUUUCCAGGAGAAAAGGAAGAGUUUGCUACAAAAUGGAAAAGGAUGCUGUGGAAAUCAUGUGUUUACGUUGUUACCAUAGGAAUGCUGGUUUCUUUGCUCGUGGGUUUGAACAUGUCAUGGACUGCAAUUACUGCUGCGCUUGCUCUUAUCGUUCUUGAUUUUAGGGAUGCUCGGCCAUGCCUUGAAAAGCAGGUCUCCUAUUCGCUUUUAAUCUUCUUUUGUGGAAUGUUUAUCACUGUUGAUGGCUUUAACAAAACUGGAAUUCCAAGUGCUCUGUGGGACUUAAUGGAGCCUCAUGCAAAAAUAGAUCAUGCAUCUGGAAUAGCAGUUCUUGCUGCUGUCAUACUUGUCCUGUCAAAUUUGGCCUCAAAUGUACCAACUGUUCUCUUGCUUGGUGGACGGGUAGCAGCAUCAGCAGCUGCAAUUUCUGCAGCUGAUGAGAAAAAGGCAUGGCUAUAUUUGGCUUGGGUCAGUACUGUAGCUGGAAAUCUGUCGCUAUUGGGAUCAGCUGCCAACUUGAUAGUUUGUGAGCAAGCUCGGAGAGCUCCGCAAUUUGGUUACGACUUAACUUUUUGGAAACAUCUUAAAUUUGGAAUUCCUUCAACUAUUAUAGUUACUGCUAUUGGAUUGAUGCUCAUAAGAUGAUGUACCUUUAAGAACACCUAUCUAUGAAUGCAAUAACUGUUUUUGUUUUACCAAA